AUGUCUCUGCCACCAAGUUCGCCGAGGCUCCCGAGCCCUCCACCUCCAACAGAGAUUCAGAUAGGGCCCAAAUCGCCGUCGAUGGGGAGCUCCUCAAAACAAGAGCUCACAAUUGAACAGAGCAUCAUCGAUGCUAACGCAGGCCGAAGAAUACAUCCGGGCACCAAGUCUGCGGACAUGGCUGCCGGGCCACCACUCAUCCCCCUUAGUGAACUUGAUUCCGCAUUCCAGCUUCAAGAACAUCUCAAAGCCCUACACUACAGUUAUACGAGACCCGCCGAUGGGGACCACACAAUCCCCAUAACCCGCGAGACCGCAGCUCUAAUCGCUACACCACCUGAGACUGUCGAUCGUGCUCUCUGGCUUUACGAACUUUGCCGCUUUCUCAUAAACAAGUGCAACGACUUAAUUAUCGGGUUCCUUUUUGACGACCCUCCAUGCUCGGCAUCCACAUGUCCUGAGAUGCGCGCUAGCGAGUGGCAGUUCCUAUGCGCCGUGCAUGAGUCUCCCAAGAGCUGCUGUGCAAUCGAUUAUUGCUGCCACACCCUCGACUGGGCGACGAAUAUUGUUACGAGUCAAAAGAUAUUCCCCAGCCGACUAAGCCUGGGAGCUGGGGACGCGGUAGAUGAUCGGGGAGCGGGGGUUAAGCACUUGAUCAACAUUUUCAGACGGCUACACCGCAUAUUUGCACAUGCUUGGUUUCAGCAUCGAGAAGUCUUCUGGCGAGUUGAGGGACAGACUGGUUUAUAUGUUCUGUUCAAGACAGUUUGCGACACAUAUGAACUUUUGCCAGCGGAGAAUUACAAAUUGCCCCCUGAGGCUGAGGGUUUGGAGCCGGCAGCGGAAGUGAAAGCCCCUGUGCCAUCCAUCCUGAAGUCUGAUGGUGGUCGUAACUCGUCAGUGGAAGAAGACUUCAUGAACGUUGGGCGGACGAAUACAAGGAGGCAUAUUCGACAAUCGCCUUCUGUUGGCUCAGCAGUCACGACCGUCCUAGAGUCAGAUGAGGAAGAUCAUGGCAUGACGCAGAAGUUGGAAGAGCUCUCUAUUGCUCACGAAGAAAGAGUCUCCGAUAUACCUGUGAUUGUAGAGACAUAUGAAGUUGCAGAGCAUCACGAAGUCAACCCAGAAGAAACCAAGCCAGAAGAAGCCAAGCCAGAAGAAGAAGCCAAGCCAGAGGAAGAAGCCAAGCCAGAAGAAGAAGCCAAGCCAGAGGAAGAAGCCAAGCCAGAAGAAGCCAAGCUAGAAGAAGCCAAACCAGAAGAGGUCAAAUCAGAAGAGAUCAAACCCGAAGAUGUCAAACCAGAAGAGGUCAAGCCAGAAGCUGCCGAGUCAGAAGAAGCCGAGGCGGAAUCAGCUGAAGCCCAGAAUCCAGAGUUGCAGCAAACGAUUCACGAUGACACAGCGACAGAAUCAAGCACAUCCUCUUGGGAUAAGAUAUCAUAUGAUGCCUUGGAAGAGAAGCCUGAAGCUCCUAAAACCACUGAGACAGCGGCAGAAGAGGCGCUUCCAGAGAGCCAGGAGGAGACAGAGGCAACCCCAGCCCACGAGACGGAUGAAUCCGAGGUCAAAGAAGAUCUUCACAAGGAAGACUCGCCUGCCACAGAAGCGGUAGAGGAGGAAAAGACGGACGAAUCAUGA